UUGUCCUUGUGCGAGUGACGCCAUGAAGCUAGUCGCGGUCAUCUUGCUGUGCCUGGCGGCAUCUGUCUUGUCAGAAAAAAGAAUCAUCAACGGGAGUCCAGCAGACCUGUACUCUCACCCCUACAUCGCCUCUCUGCAGGUGCUGGAAGUGAGUUUUUACUUCUCCUAUUGGAAACACAUCUGCGGAGGCUCUCUCAUCCACCAGAACUGGGUGCUCACUGCUGCUCACUGCGUAGACGGCAUCGAUACAAGACAAUUCCGGGUGAAGCUGGGAGCUCUGGAUCUGGAUGGGUCUACCCCCUACGAACAGGUCCGCUCUGUGAGGAGGGUGAUCAUGCACGAGAACUACAGCGACCGGCUGGCCGGUAUACCCAACGACAUCGCACUGAUCCACCUCAGCUCCCCAGCCUCUAUCAACAGGAACGUCAAGGUCGCUACUCUGGCCGGUGCAGGUUCUUCUUUCGACGACACAGAAUGCGUGCUGGCCGGAUGGGGCCUGAUCAGGACUGGGUCCUUCCCUGAAGAAGCCAACGUCCUGAAAGAGGUGAACAUCACCAAGAUCGACUCCUGGACAUGCAACCGUCUGUGGGACUACUCUGGUGUGACCGACAAGCACAUCUGUGUCCACGACGCCAGCCCGCCUGCCGGACAGCGUCCCAGCGCCUGUAUGGGGGACAGCGGAGGACCCAUGAUGUGUGGCCGAGGACAUGACAUCUUGGCCGGGGUCACUUCCUGGGGAGAGCGCACGUGCAGCGGAACUCUGCCCAGCGUCUACACCAGGGUCUCUGCCUAUCUCGGUUGGAUCAGGAAUAAGGCCCCCGAAGUCUUUAACUGAUCUCUUGGCAUCGCUGAUCGAUAAAGAAAGGUCCCGAAAUAAAUCCAGUUAAUGCUUCAAAUCAA